AUGGCGGUGGGUGGGGUUCCUACAAGCUUUCGAUUCCUUGAUGUUUGGAGGUCACAUGCUGAGUUCCAGAGUGUGGUUAGGCAGGCAUGGGAGGUGGAGGGUGAGGGACGGCCUAUUAAAGUCCUACUCAUGAAGCUAAAAACGGUGAAGCAGGAAUUGCGCAAAUGGAAUAAGGAGGUUUUUGGAAAUAUAUUUGACCGUGUGAGGGAACAUGAGGAAAAGGUCUUGGCUCUGGAAUGCUCCUUAGAGGAGGGUCCAUCGGAGGAAGGGCAAUAUCAGCUGGUACAGGCUCAGGGUGAACUCAAGCAGUCUUUGCUUCGGGAGGCGGCCUAUUGGCGUCAAAAGGCGUGCCUGCGGUGGCUUUGGGAGGGGGAUGCCAACUCUAAGUUUUUCCAUGCACAGGUGAAGCAGCGGAGGGCUCGCUCGUGUAUACAUCGGAUGAAAGAUGGUAAUAGGGUUUGGACGGAGCAGGCCGGCAGGAUUGAGGACUUGGCGGUUGCAUUCUUUGAGGGCAUUUUGUCACAACCUGACCGGGUGCAGGUGGACCCCUCUCUACUAAGUGUGAUCCCGUCGAUUAUUAUGGAACAGGAUAACGUGAGCCUUCAACGGUUCCCCACGGAGGAGGAAAUCAGGUUAGUCAUUUUCCAGAUGGAUGGAGUGGAGCUGCCCUGGGGAUACACGUCUACAUGGUUGGCUUUGAUCCCUAAGGUUCCUGGGGCGUCAUUUUUCUCAGAUUUUUGCCCAAUUAGCCUGUGCAAUUUUGUCAAUAAAAUCAUUUCCAAGCUGUUAGUGAGGCGCUUGGAAAGUGUGAUGCCGAAGAUAAUUUCGCCACAGCAUAGUGGCUUUAUAAAGGGUCGACAAAUCUCGGAUAAUAUUUUACUGGCUUUAGAGAUGUGCUCGGCUUUAGGGAAGAAGGUGUGGGGAUCUAAUGUUGCCCUCAAACUGGACAUGGGCAAGGCAUAUGAUCGGGUAUCAUGGAAUUUUCUAAUCUAA